AUUCACAAUCCCGUCAGAGGCCAACAUCAUUCACCGGAAAGCGUGUUUUUUUUCGGCGACGAAGGAGUGAACAUACAAAAAUACUGUAUACAGUAAAACAAGAUGGCAGGACUACCCCGCAGGAUUAUAAAGGAGACUCAGCGUUUGCUGGCCGAACCCGUUCCUGGAAUAAAGGCAGAGCCUGAUGAGGCGAAUGCACGCUACUUCCAUGUGGUGAUUUCAGGGCCCCAGGACUCCCCUUUCGAAGGAGGCACCUUUAAACUUGAACUGUUUCUGCCAGAAGAAUAUCCCAUGGCAGCUCCCAAAGUGCGAUUCAUGACCAAAAUCUACCACCCCAAUGUGGACAAGCUGGGUAGGAUAUGCCUAGACAUCUUGAAAGAUAAGUGGUCCCCAGCUUUGCAGAUCCGGACAGUACUGCUAUCAAUCCAAGCAUUAUUAAGCGCUCCUAACCCUGAUGACCCACUUGCAAACGAUGUUGCAGAGCAGUGGAAAUCAAACGAAGCCCAAGCCAUUGAGACAGCUCGGACAUGGACCAGGCUUUAUGCGGGAAACAGCAUUGAGGUAUAGAAGAAAACAGACGGGCACUGGAUGUUAACACAACCAAGAUGAUCUCCUUUAUUUGCAUUUAAAGGACAUUCUUAGACAACAAAAAAACAAGAUAAAAGCAAGCAAAAAAAUCUGUAAAGAAUAUAUUUAAAAGAAAACAAAACUACUGCAGCCCUCUGGUAAUUUUAUGGCACAUAGCAAUGUGUUUUGUCUUUGUCCCGGCUCACUGCUCGAAUGCAUGGACAGAGGCUGAUGGGGGGGGGGGGGGGACGAUAAGUCUUGGUCAUACAAUGGGUCAGUUUAGUCAAAGGUCAAUAAACUGAGGGAGUUAGUGACACAGCCACCAAAUACCCACCCAUUUGAAAAUGUCCACUUGAGGUUAUGCCGCCAAGCCCCUUGUUGAAUUUAGAGUAACCUUUGUUUCCCUCAGACAGUUGAAGUUGUGGGUUCGGAAGUCCUGUGUUUGCAAGCCCUUGGCAGAAGCUCAGAUUAGGGAGGUGAGCGUGUCGGUUAUGACUUCCUUCUGGGGAGAAAGGCGUUCUUUUUAUUUUCUUUUAAUGUUAUUUUAAUUGAAUUUUUUCUCCUAUGAUGCUUCAUUAAAAGCAUGUACUUAACCAAGCUCAGAACAUGACUGUUCUAACAAAUUAGAUCCGUAUUGAUACUGAGAAGUAUCACUUUCGGGGUGUUGAUGGGGGGGGGGGGGGGGUGUACACCCAAUUCUGACAUGAAACAACGAGGCAUGAAAUACUAUCAUUGUCACUUCAUUGCUGAGAACCACACAGACUUGUUGCUUCUGUACUUAUUUUCUGUAAAUGUUAUGUUGUAGUAAAAAUAUUUUUGUUAUGACAUUUUGUUUGAUCUCUUUCUUGCUAGCACUGUACCUACAUAUUCUGGUAGGUGGUGUUUCAUUGCUUUUCCCAUACUCUGUCCUCACCCUUGUCUUUUCCACAAUUCUCUACUGCAAGUGUAUCCAGCAUUUAGUUCAACCAACAUUCUGAAAGAGGGGAGAAAGUCAGAGAAUGUUCUAAUUUAUUUAUCUUUUUCUAAGGGAUUUAGAAUGAAAAAUCAAUGAUGAUUCGUCAUCUAAGCGUCUGGCCAUUAGAUUGAGAAUGGCUUCCAUGUCUCUGGUUAAUCCACUCUUCAUGUGAAAAAGGCAAAGAGAAUCGUGUAUUACCGGUGUCUGAAAUGAUAUGGGAAAAUAAACCAAUGCAUUUGCAUUUGUGGCUCCUGUAAAUAAAAUAAGUUGAGUAAGACUCCUG